AGAAGGACAGCUGACUCACAAGGGCCUGUACUAUGGCCUCUCGCAAGACUCGGCAGUCAAAACGAGAUGCAUCUCCCGCCCUGCGCUCUCGUGCUGCCACCGCCGCCGCCGCCCAAGCAGCAGCCCUCGCUGCUGACCCACACCCGCUCGCCGCUCCUCACGUCUCUUUGGCCGGCACGUAUGGGCUGCACGAAAUGAGAAAGCUUGUUAAUAGCUCUAAUUUUAAUGACGGUGCGGCGCCCAGCGUCGGGCGCUCUUUAUGGCAGCAGGCGCGCGGUCGGAUCGGAUUUGCGCAUCGCGAUGCUGCGAUGUUUCCCGGCAACCCUCGCGCGCUCAGUUCAGCGCGUCAACUGAACAGUUCUGUCGUUAUUUUGAAGUUUUGUUCGCUCCGCGAGAAUGGUAGCAGUAAGAGCAAACAAAAUCGUGGCAUGUGUGGACAACUGAGUGGUGGAAAAAAAAAUCCACACAGUUUGAAUGCCAUAAAAUAUAUAUUGCAUAUUUUCUCUAUUGGUGAUGAUGUUGAAGCAUUGACAUUCGCAUUUGAAUCUAAAAUUGUGACAAUUUCUAGUAUAAAAUUAUUUUAUAAUGAAAAUCUAUGGGAACGUAACGGUUGUACAGUUCGAGAAGAGGAGCUUGAAAAUGUACACAUUUUCUUUAAUAAGCCGCCUGAUAAUACCUUGGAAGAAUUCAGAGAUAAAUAUAUUGUUUGUAGGGGAAAAGAUGAUGAAAUGUUUUUACUUUCACUUUUGGUAUUCUUUUUUGUCAGCCUUAUUGGUAGUAAUAAUCAUAUCAACAGAAAAUAUAAAUCUAAAAAUAUUUGCAAUGGAAUUGUUUUAAUCAAUGUAUGA